UUUGGGGUCCGAAUCUCUUUACAAACAGGUGUGGGAUCACUUAGCUGCGUGUCGACCGGCUCUCCGGCUCCCCCAGAAGUAUUCCUUCUCAGUUUUCAAUCACGCGCGAAACCGGACGGAACAGGGCAACGCGUCUUUAAUUAAAAAAGCUGAACAAAUAUGUACUCGAACGUACUUUACCCGUGACGUCUUUGGGCUUAAAUCCUCUUCGAGUUCCCUUAAAAUAGCCACGUUUUUGGUUAAGCCCUAACAGUAUUGACCAGGUCGGUGAAGAGCUAGCUACCUCGCCUGUUAUUGAAGUUAUUGUAACCGUUGGCAACUGGCCACAGCAAAGUCUUAGCACCGAAUAUAAUUUCCAAUUACAUACCCGCCUAAAAAUAAAACCGAAACAAAAGCGGAAUAAUUUAAACAGAAGAUGGCUGAUGUAAAGUUCCUGGCCGUUCUGCCCAGCAAUGCUAAUGCCUCAGACCGAGUCACCAGGAUGUCCAUUAGCGGCUCCUUGCUCGAGAAUCCCCAGCAAUUCUCGGUGAACUUUGUCAACAGUACGAAUUGCACGGACAACAUCACGUAUCACUUUAAGGUGGUGAUACCAACGCAAACGAUUAUCGAGAACUACAAAAGGAACGGCGAGUGGAGCAGCCUGCACCAGGAGAAGUAUCUGAACAUCUUUGACGGUACAGGAGCUAGCGAUAAGAACCCCAAUAUGAACCAGAGCUUUGCCCGCAUAAUGAACGAGAUUGAUGAGGAACUCCAACUUUCAUCCACAGAAACCUCGUUUUGUCUUGAGUUCGCCUUCGACUACGAAAAUUCUACGAUGCGAGUCUACCAGGGCAGGGAUGCGGGCCAUAAUUUCAUAACCGAGUACGAGACCCUAUUUUCCCUAUCCGACAUCCUGGCUAUACAGGUGUGGGGCGAUGUGCAGAAGGUCAAUCAGUUUGCCCUGGCCUACAACUGAUAGGGAGAUAACCCCCAAAUUAUCCCUAAGAACCCCAAGGUAGUCCCUCAAUUUUACCUAUUCAAUGAUUUCUUCAAUCGCUUCUUUAAAGUUCGGUGGAGGGGCACCAUUGGUCCUAACACUGCACUAUUUAAUCCCCUCACCUGUAGUUCUAAUUAGAUUGUUGAAUUUGGCACCCCAUCUACAUUAUUUUGCUGUAGUAGCGACAUGCUUUUUCUUUUUCCUCGUUUGUUAAUGCGUUUAACUUUGUUAUACUAAGACACCACACAAGUCCUUGCUUUAAAUAGCGUUCCCUUUCAAAAUGGACCUGGGUUUUAAACAGUAUUAAAUCCAUAUUUAUUUAAUUUGGAGCAGAUUAAAUUAUAUGAAAAAUUUAAUUGGUUUUAAAAUGAGUUUGCUGAUCUAAUUGAUCUUACAAAAUAUUUAGAAUUAUAAUGUGUGCUUUUUGUUAGUUCUUAAGCACUUUAUCUUGCCCAGUGAUUGAACUGAUUUUACUAGCUGAUAUCGCUUUGAUUUGAUUAAGAACUACAAAUUAACACACUUGUUACCUAUUUGAGUGUCAGUCCCAUAAAACGCACCUGGUUUUUGGAACUAUCCUCUGACGUUACUCUGGUACUGCUUAUUGGCACUUCUCGCAGAUUCUGUUUGGUUUUAUGUUUGUAGUUGAUAGUACUUGUAAACUGUUAGGCCAAAGAAUUCUAUGUAUUAAACACGUUGAGUUUCUGUGCUUGCUAAAGUCUUCCAUUUAGAUUUUGAACAUAAUUGUAAGCUUUUCAUGUAAUACCUACACACACAUACCACGCCAAGUAUUAAAAAUCGCCUUGACAAGUGCAUUUCCUUAAUUAAAUGCGUAAAUAGAAAAAUUCA